GAAAAAGAAAAAGAAAAAGAAAACGUGAAAAGGGGUCAAAAUCUCCAAACCCCGAGCGAUGGAGGGGAUGUCUCUUCUUCAUUAAGGGGAGCCGGAGACCGGAGGUGAUCUCGAGCUAUGUCGUCGGCCGCCGACUACAACGAUCGCGCCAUUCUAUUGCGCUCCAAUUCCGACGACGAUCUGGAGCACGGCCCCUCUCAAUCCCCCCAAACCAGCCUCGCCUCCGAUCUCUUGAAGCGCCUCGAUCGCGGCCUCAGCGCUUCCGGCCGCCGAUUGACCGUCCACCACCGCGUUUCCUCUUCUCCCCCCUCCUCUCCCUCGCCUUCUCAUCGCCCUAUUGCCGCCUCCGAUGAUUCGCUCGGGGACGGCGCGCCUCCCGAGUGGGCAUUGCUGCUUAUCGGCUGCCUCCUCGGCGUUGCUACCGGCCUCUUUGUUGCCAUUUUUAAUCGCGGGGUACAUGUGGUACAUGAAUGGGCAUGGGCUGGCACCCCAAACGAAGGUGCUGCUUGGCUUCGGCUUCAAAGGCUAACUGAUACUUGGCACCGUAUACUUUUAAUACCAGUUUUAGGUGGAGUUAUUGUAGGUGUUUUGCAUGGACUUCUAGAAAUAUUGGGUCAAAUAAAGCAAUCUACUUCUUCACAAGAACAAGGCUUAGAUGUGUUUGCUGCAAUCUUUCCUGUACUGAAGGCUGUCCAGGCUGGUGUGACCUUAGGAACUGGUUGUUCUUUAGGUCCUGAAGGCCCUAGCGUUGAUAUUGGAAAAUCAUGUGCCAAUGGAUUCUCACUGAUGAUGGAGAACAAUAGAGAAAGGAAAAUUGCUCUUGUUGCUGCUGGUGCGGCUGCUGGAAUUUCUUCUGGUUUUAAUGCAGCUGUUGCUGGAUGUUUCUUUGCUAUUGAAACGGUUUUGAGGCCUCUCAGUGCUGAAAACUCUCCUCCAUUUACGACAGCAAUGAUAAUUUUGGCCUCAGUUGUCUCAUCAACUGUAUCAAAUGCUGUUCUUGGGGAGAAACAAGCUUUCACAGUGCCCACGUAUGAUUUGAAAUCUGCUGCUGAGCUACCAUUGUAUCUAAUACUGGGGAUGCUAUGUGGAGUUGUAAGUGUGGCUUUCACUCGCUUGCUGGAUUGGUUCACAAACAUAUUUCAGUUUAUCAAAGAAAAGUAUGGGCUUCCAGAUGUAGUCUGCCCUGCUCUAGGAGGUUUAGGAGCUGGUCUAAUAGCACUUAAAUAUCCGGGAAUAUUGUAUUGGGGGUUCACCAAUGUUGAUGAGAUAUUACGUACUGGAAAAACUGCUUCAGCACCAGGAAUCUGGCUACUUGCUCAAUUAGCUGCAGCAAAAGUUGUUGCUACUGCACUAUGUAGGGGAUCUGGCCUCGUUGGUGGCUUAUAUGCCCCAAGUUUGAUGAUUGGUGCUGCUGUGGGUGCCGUAUUUGGUGGCUGUGCUGGUGAGAUUAUCAACACUGCUAUUCCCGGAAACACUGCUGUUGCUGAGCCACAGGCCUAUGCUCUGGUGGGAAUGGCUGCAACAUUAGCCUCAGUCUGCUCAGUACCUUUAACUUCGGUUCUUCUUCUGUUUGAGCUCACCAGAGAUUACAGAAUCUUGCUUCCACUCAUGGGUGCAGUUGGAUUGGCAAUAUGGGUGCCCUCUGUGACAACUCAGCCAAAAGAGUCAGAGGCAUUGAAUACAAAGAUUUCUCCGAGAGGUUAUUCUGCUGUUUCACCUAGGGAAGACAAGGAUGAUGAUGUUUGGAGGCGAACUAGUCACAGAAAUGAUAUAGAACUCUCUGCCAUUGAAAACUUUAGUGGUCAUAAACAAAUAGAUGUUGACAUUUUACUGGAAAAUAUGAAGGUUUCACAGGCAAUGUCAAGCAACUUCUUAAAGAUAUCCCCGAACCAAACUGUGAGGGAGGCCCUGAGUUGCAUGCGUGAUGGUCAGCAUGAUUGUCUUCUUGUGGUUGAAGAUGAAGAUUUUCUAGAAGGAAUCUUGACAGAUGGGGAUAUCAAACGCUGGUUGACGAAAAGAUUUGGUGACUCUUCUAGCAGUGAUUCAGCAGAUGUAAAUACUUGCACUAUUUCCUCUAUCUUAACUCGUGGGAUAAGCUAUAAUGGGCGAGAAUGUGGACCUUUGAUUUGCUAUCCAGAUACUGAUCUGACAAUGGCCAAGCAGCUGAUGGAGGCAAAGGGAAUCAAACAGUUGCCUGUGAUCAAGCGUGCAGAAGAUGGUCAGAGAGAAAGGAGAAGACGCAAGAUUGCAGGAGUUCUUUAUUACGAUUCAGUGUGGACUUGUCUCAGAGACGAACUGUAUCGUCAAAAGUCAGUCAUGCUGUAUGAAGAAGAUGAUGCCAGGAAGUUAAUGAUAACAAACGGCCAUCAACGACAAAGCGUUUGAUAAAAAAGGCAAUCAACAUUUCAUAUGUGCUUGAGUUGAGAGAUCAAAAAACUUACACCAGAAAAUCAUUUUUGCAUCAGAAAUCUUUCUCAGUCCUUUUGACCAGUGACUAUAAAUGUAAUAUAGCUCUUACUUCUUUCUUGUACAUGAUAAUUUCCGGUGGUUUAAAUUGUCGACUACCGGAAAGAUCUGAGUUACGUUGAAUAUUUUUGGCAGGAAAUGUAAGUUCUCAACGACCAUUGUAAUGUAUAAAAGCUUAACACAAAGUCAAUAUAUCGAACUUCUAUUGUUUUUUA